AUGAGAACAGUUUCAGAGGUAAUAACACCAGGUUUGAACAAAGACCAUGCUGAACGUGGAAUGGGGCAAAGCUUCCAAGCUGAAUAUUCAAAAGGAGAUAGUAAGGACGUUUGGAGAGAAGAAAAGCUCGAGGUUGUUCAUGCUAGAAAACUUCUUUGGACAAGAGACUCUAUGAAACUCGCCAUUGUUUAUGUUCAACCUAUAAACUCCACGACAUAUAUUCAGACUCAUCAUAGACUACAAAUGCUGGAAGUAUUUAUGGCCCUUUCAUUCUUUUUUAAUGCAAAAUCAUACCUUAUUUGUCAUCAGAGAAUUCAUACUGGAGAGAAGCCCUACCAAUGUAAAGAAUGUGGCAAAGCUUUCUGUCAAAUAUCACACCUUACUCAACACCAGAGAACUCAUACAGGAGAGAAGCCCUACCAAUGUAAGGAAUGUGGCAAAACUUUCCGUCAAAUGUCACACCUUACUAAACACCAGAGAACUCAUACAGGAGAGAAGUCCUUCAAAUGUACAACAUGCAACAAAGUUUUUAGUGACAAAUCAUACCUUAUUGGCCACCAGAGAAUUCAUACUGGACAGAAGCCCUACCAAUGUAAAGAAUGUGGCAAAGCUUUCAGUAAAAAAUCAUACCUUAUUCACCAUCAAAGAAUUAAUACAGGAGAGAAGCCUUACAAAUGUACAGCAUGUGAAAAAGCCUUUAAUAAUAAAUCAGACCUUAGUCAACACCAGAGAACUCAUAGAGGAGAGAAACCCUACAAAUGUGAAGAAUGUGGCAAAGCUUUCUAUGGAAGAACAUGCCUUACUCAACACCAGAGAAUUCAUACUAGAGAGAAGCCUUACCAAUGUAAAGAAUGUGACAAAGCUUUCUAUCAAAUAUCAUACCUUAUUUGCCAUCAGAGUGUUCAUAUGGGAGAGAAACUCUACCAAUGUAAAGAAUGUGGCAAAGCUUUUAAUCAGCAAUUAUGCUUUAGUGAACAACAGAGAAUUCAUACUGGAGAGAAACCAUACAAAAGUAAAGAAUGUGGCAAAGAUUUUAAUGCUAAAUCACGUCUUGUUCACCACCAGAGAAUUCAUACUGAAGGGAAGUCUUACAAAUGUGUAGUAUGCAACAAAGGUUUUAAUGAAAAAUUUUACCUGAUUUGCCAUCAGAGAAUUCAUACUGGAGAGAAGCCCUACAAAUGUACAAUAUGCAACAAAUCUUUCUGUAAAAAAUUAAGCCUUAUUUGUCAUCAGAUAAUUCAUACUGGACAGAAGUCCUAUGAAUGUAAAGAAUGUGGCAAAGCUUUUAAUCACAAAUCAAGUCUUACUCAACACCAGAGAGUUCAUGCUGGAGAGAAGCCAUACAAAUGUGAAGAAUGUGGCAAAGCUUUUAAUAAGAAAUCAAACCUUAUUCACCAUCAGAUAAUUCAUACUGGAGAGAAGCCCUAUGAAUGUAAAGAAUGUGGCAAAGCUUUUAAUAAGAAAUCAAACCUUAUUCGCCAUCAGAUAAUUCAUACUGGAGAGAAGCCCUAUGAAUGUAAAGAGUGUGGCAAAGCUUUUAAUCAGAAAUCAAGCCUUACUCAACACCAGCAAGUUCAUACUGGAGAGAAGCCAUAUGUAUGUAAUGAAUGUGGCAAAACUUUUAUUGCAAAAUCAAUCCUUAUUCACCACCAGAUAAUUCAUACUGGAGAGAAGCCCUAUAAAUGUAAAGAGUGUGGGAAAGCUUUUAACCAGAAAUCAAACCUUAUUCGCCACCAGAGGAUUCAUACUGAAGAGAGGCCCUGUGAAUGACAAGAAUGUGGCAAAGCUUUUAAUAAGAAAUCAAACCUUAUUUGCCAUCAGAUAAUUCAUACUGGAGAGAAACCCUAUGAAUGUAGAGAAUGUGGCAAAGCUUCUAAUCAGAAAUCAAGCCUUACUCAACACCAGCGAGUUCAUACUGGAAAGAAGCCAUACAAAUGUAAAGAAUGUGGCAAAGCUUUUAUUGCAAAAUGAAGCCUUAUUCACCACCAAAGAAUUCAUACUGGAGAGAAGUUCUAUGAAUGUAAAGAAUGUGGCAAAGCUUUUAAUCUGAACUCAAACCUUAUUCCACCAGAUAAUUCAUAUGGGAAAGAAACCCUACCUACAUAA